CAAAACCAAACCCCAAAAACCUUUCACCAAAAACCCAGGGAAGAAGCAGAGAAUAAUAAUCCAUUUACUUCUACCAAAAUCUCCCAAGAUCUGACAUGAAACCCUAAGUUCUUUUUUCUUCUUUCAAGGAAACAAUUGCAGGGAAUCGAUUUCGGAUUCUGUUUUUCACUUCCAGUUUUAGAAUGUUGAGAGAUUUCAAAUUCUUGAGGCGAAACUCGAGCAAGAACGAGGAAAUCGAGAAUGUACCAGUGAACCCUAGCGACUCACUAGCUUCUCAGCCGAGCAAUGAUGGUUCAAGUAGACCUCCUCUCAACACGAUUCAAGAUCCAACGCCAAACCCUACAUCAGAACCAGAUGAAAGCAUUCGAAGCCGAGUUGAUAAAACCCCAACUAAGCCAAAACCUAAACUCCCUGAUUCGACUUUGCCACUUAAAACCCCAGAUAGACAUGGAUUUUUGUCCAAAAAGAGGUUUGGUUGGGCGAAGAAUGAGGCGGCCGAAUCUGAUUUGCGAAAUGGAGGGGUGAUGAAUAUGACGCCAAGGGUGAGUAGGGGAAUGGGGAGGGCUAAUUCUAGUUGUUAUUCGGAGAGCAAUUCGACGCAGAGUACGCCAACGAAGAGUGUAAGUAAGCCUCCGGCUUCGGGUUUGAGGAACAAAUUUGAUGGGAAUGGAGGGAUGCGUGGAGGGAAUUUUGCUGCAUUGUAUAAAGGAGUGCCUAGUUCUUCUUCUUGUGGUCCGCCUACUGUUGUGAAUACUGUUGAAGUUCCUCACUUUGACCUUAAAGAAGACCCGUCUUUUUGGAUGGAUCACAAUGUACAGGUUCUUAUUCGUGUCCGUCCUCUCAAUGGCAUGGAGAAGAGCACACAUGGCUAUAACAGAUGUUUAAAACAAGAAAAUUCACAAAGCAUCGCUUGGAUUGGGCAACCAGAAACUAGAUUCACGUUUGAUCAUGUGGCAUGUGAAACAGUAGACCAGGAAAUGCUUUUUAGGAUGGCUGGUCUGCCAAUGGUGGAAAAUUGCUUAUCUGGCUAUAACAGCUGUAUGUUUGCCUAUGGCCAGACAGGAAGUGGAAAGACCUAUACAAUGCUUGGUGAGAUUGAAGAUUUGGAAGUCAAGCCAAGUCCACAACGGGGAAUGACACCACGGAUAUUUGAGUUUUUGUUUGCUAGAAUUCAAGCUGAAGAGGAAAUCCGAAGGGAUGAGAAGUUAAAAUACAAUUGCAAAUGCUCUUUCCUUGAGAUUUAUAAUGAACAAAUAACAGAUCUUCUUGAUCCUUCUGCUGCCAAUUUGCUUCUGAGGGAAGAUGUUAAGAAAGGGGUGUACGUGGAAAAUCUCUCUGAAUUUGAAGUUCAGACAGUGGGUGAUAUUCUGAAGCUUUUAACUCAGGGCUCUUUAAAUAGGAAAGUUGCGGCGACAAAUAUGAAUAGGGAGAGCAGUCGUUCACAUAGCGUUUUUACAUGUGUAAUUGAGAGCAGGUGGGAAAAAGAGUCCACAACUAAUUUGCGGUUUGCAAGAUUAAACCUGGUUGAUCUUGCUGGUUCAGAAAGGCAGAAAACUUCUGGUGCUGAGGGUGAGCGUUUAAAGGAAGCAGCUAGCAUAAACAAAUCUUUGUCAACGCUAGGUCAUGUCAUUAUGAUUCUUGUGGAUGUGGCUCAUGGAAAGCCACGGCAUGUUCCUUAUAGAGACUCAAAGCUCACAUUUCUUCUUCAGGAUUCACUUGGUGGAAAUUCAAAAACAAUGAUAAUUGCUAAUGUCAGCCCUUCUGUCUGCUGUGCAACUGAAACCCUGAACACUCUAAAGUUUGCUCAGCGAGCAAAAUUAAUUCAAAACAAUGCUGUGGUGAAUGAAGAUUCCACUGGGGAUGUCAUUGCACUACAAAACCAGAUACGACUUCUAAAGGAAGAGCUUUGUGCUCUUAAACAUCAGAAUGUAUCCCGAUCUCUGUCAUUUGGUCCAACAAUCAGUGGUACAAUGCAAUCAGAAGAAAAUCCUUCUGAUGAUAGUACAUAUGAAAUCGGUCGCCAAGAAGUUGAUGAUUUACUUGGAUAUGAAUCCAGAGGCAUUGUGAGAAUGUCCAGUAAGCAGUUAAAAUCUUUGGAGACAACGCUUGCUGGUGCUUUGAGAAGGGAGCAAAUGGCAGAAACUUGCAUCAAGAAGCUUGAAGCAGAGAUUGAACAAUUGAAUCGUUUGGUUCGUCAAAGGGAGGAAGACACUAGAAGCACUAAAAUGAUGCUUAGGUUUCGGGAAGACAAGAUUCAAAGAAUGGAGUCACUUGUUCGUGGCUCAUUACCUGUGGAUUCUUUUUUAUUCAAAGAGAAUAAAGCACUCUCAGAAGAGAUUCAGUUACUUCAAGCUAAAGUUGAUAAAAAUCCUGAAGUAACUCGUUUUGCUUUGGAGAAUAUAAGACUUUUAGACCAACUUAGAAGAUUUCAAGAAUUCUAUGAAGAAGGAGAAAAGGAGAUACUCUUAGAGGAAAUAUCCAAACUGCGGGAUCAGCUCCUUCAUUUUCUUGAUGGAAAGUCUAAGCAGCAUAGCUACCCAAGCUCAGAUGAUCAAUUGCAGGAUGUUGUUUGCAUCAGCAAAGAAAAUAACUCUCUACAGUUAGAGUUGCAAAGCACUCUCAAUGAGUUGGAAGAAUGCAGGGACAAUCUUAAUUCUUGUAUAGAGGACAAUGCAAAACUUAGUAGAGAAAUUAACGAUUUACGUACUAUGUUAAAUAGCCUCAAGUCUUCAGCUUGCCAUCAAGAUGGCAACAUCAAGACCAUAAAGGGUUCAGAUCAAAAUGGGGAUCUGAAGGAGAUGAAUGCUAUUCAGGCAAUGAAAAAUGCGGAGCAAAUUAUGGAUUUGCAGUUGGAAUUGGAUAUACUGAAGAUUAUUCUUCAAGAAGAGAAAACAACUCAUGAUGAAGUUGAAGAAAGGGCAAAGUGCUUGGUUAGAGAUCUUGAGAUAGCACAAGGCAAGCUUUUGCUGCUGAGCAAACAUGUUGAAGAUGCAAAUGGUGAACUAAAAGAGGCAAAGUCUGUAAUUGAAGCACUUGAGUCCCAGCAAAUUUUGUCAAUCAAUGAGGUGGAGGAUUUGAGGCAAACCAAUAGUCAUUUUGUGAAGCUUUUGAGUGAACAAGAAGUUGAAAUUGUUGCCUUGAAAGAGCAACUUUCCAGUAGAGCGUUUAGAGAUUACCCACCUCAUGAAAAGAUUGAGAGUGAAGACUCUGCCCUCCAGCUGAAACUGAAGAGGAUGCAUGCCUCUCUUGAGAAGGCCAAGAAAAUGAAUAUGUGGUACCAAAGUGAUCAUGCUUAUUUGGCAUCUAACGAAGAAGAAAUGGAUGAAACUCGUCGGCAGGCUGAAGCUGAAACUGCUGAGGUGAUUGUCUGUUUGCAGGAAGAACUUACUAUUCUUCAGCAGCAAGUCCAAGAUUGUCAUUUGAAAGAGAUGGAGGCUCAAAAAGGUGCCAUCAUUUUAGAAACUGAGUUGAAGGAGUUGCAAGAAAAGGCAUAUUUGUUGACUGAAGAUAAUAAAGAGUUACUUGAAAGGCUUGAAAUGAAAGAUGGGGAACUAAGAACAUUAUCAGAAGAGUGGGAACUUCUGGCUUCUGAGAUUGAAAAUAUUCUUGCUGAUGGUCAUGAGGAACUCGUUGAUGCCUAUGAUCAACUUGAUCCCAUUUCCAGUUCAUUUCCACAGAGAAGGAUUUGGAUUUCUGAGCAAGUUGGUAGGGUGGUCAGAAUACUCUCGGAAAAGGAAUUAUUGAUUGAAGAACUUGGCAGGUGCCUAGAGGAUGCAACAGAUAAAAGAAGUGAGCUGGAGUGCAUGCUGAAGUCUUUGAGAGGUGCUGCACUGGUUAUUAAUGAAGCACAGCAGCAAGAAUGCAAUGAAAAACAGAAAGAAAUUGUUCUACUGAGGUCAGAACUGGAUACGAAAACAUCUAUUAUAACAAAGCUGCAGGACAGAAUGAAGAUGGCUGAAGAUGACCUAAGAAAUGCAUCUGUUUGUGCAACAGUUGCUUUUGUACUUGUGAAUAGAUUAUCAGAGGCAAACCUUAAACAUCUCAAUGCAUUGAAGGAUAAGGACAUCCGCCUUGCAGAAUCAGCAGAGAUGAUCUUAAGUAAGGACUCUAUUCUCAUUGAUCAAGCUGCCAUGAUUGAAGAAGCUGAAAAACAGAUUCGUUCCCUUCAAAGUGAGGUUGCGAAGUCAGAGGAAGCCUGUGCUGAAUUUGGGCAGAGGCUUUUGGAGGAGGAACAGCGUGCUGCUGCUAUGAAACAAAAGCUUGAAGAUAUGGAGGAGAAUGACAUUUUGAAGACACAUGAGAAGCUGUCUGAGCUAAGAACUGGUGUAUCCACACUCAGGGCUCACAUGGGCAUGUAUAGAGAUUGUGGGAGAAGUCCUGAAAGAAGUGUCAGAGAAAGAGUUUAUACCUCUGAUGAUGGCAGUGAUGAAAGACGGUCAAAUGCAGGAGCAGAUGACAAGGACUUGCACUCUGUUCAGGAGCUGGAAACUGAUAUAUCUGAUUGUUCCUUUAAAGUUGGAGAGAGUCAGCAUGGGUCUCUGCGUAAUGAGAAAUGUUUAGGGUUUGGAAAAACUUGCAAGAGUGUGUGUGACAGAGAAGUGACCGUUAUUCUUCUGAAAAAGGAAAUAAAAUCAGCCAUGGAAAGCUUAAAAGAGGUUCAAGCAGAGAUGGGUACAAUACGGGAUGAAAAAGAGAAGAUCCAGUUGUCUGAGAAACUGAGCAAGGAAAGCCUACGGUGCCUCACGACACAUGUAAUUGCUCUGGAAGCAACAAUGAAUGAAUUCGGAAAGCUGUGGGAACUCAAGAUUGGAGCUGUCAAUCGUAAGAUGAAUACAUUUGAGCAAUCCAUGCAAGAAAUAAGAACUCAUUGGUGCCAGACAAAAGAGUUUCUCGAACUUGAAGUUGGUGAUGCAAAGAUGAUUGCAACUCAGAAAGCUGCAGAGGCUUCUUGUAUUCUUGCUAAAUUUGAGGAGGCACAAGAUACCAUAACAGAAGCAGAUAUUAUGAUCAAUGGGCUCAUGAUUGCUAAUGAAACCAUGAAGCUUGAUAUUAAAAGGCAGAAGCAAGUGGAAGCCACACUAGUUAAUGAGAGGGAUGCACUAGUUAAUCAGGUGCAAAGCUUGCAAUCCAUUAAUAUUGUGAAGGAUCAGCAACUUGAAAACCUAGAAGAGCAGUUUGGCACAAGUUUGACAGAAACAACGUACCUGGUUUCCGAACUGGAGGGUCUCAUGACUGAGUUGCAAACUGCUUUCUCUCAGAAUGUCAUGGCUGUAGCUAGUGAUUGCCAUUCCCUCAAGUCUCUGCUGUUUGAUUCUGUGAUUCUUGCACGGUCAUGGCUUGAAGAUGUGUGGUCGGAGAUUAUUGUGAAGGACUGUGCUGUGUCAGUGCUUCACCUGUGUCAUAUGGGAAUUUUGUUGGAAACCUUGACAGGGCUGAAUGCGGAGAAUGGUUUGCUUCAGCAUGGCUUGUCUGAGUCAAAUGCUGUUAUAGCUGAUUUGAGGGAGCACAAUUCCAAGUCAAGAAGAGAGCUUGAAAUGUGUAGACUUAUUAAAGGAAAGCUCCUAGCUGAUAUCAAGAAUAGUUUUGAUCGAAUAUCAAAGAAGGAAGAGGAAACUGGUGAGCUUAGUGUAAAAUUAGUCACGUUUGAGAAAAGGAUUUCUGAUUUACAGGUUCAAGAGGAAGUUAUGUUGCAAAGGUCUAACUAUAUGGGAUCUCAGCUCACAGUUCUAAUGAAGGAAUUGGAUUUGAGUAACACAAAUUUUGUAGCUUCCCUUCUUGAUCAAGAGCAACUGCUCAAAGAUAAAGACGAGCUUCUCAAAUCUCAGGCUGAGAUUUCUAUGGUAGACUCGUGGACGAAAGACUUCGAGUCUCUUAUUUUGGCAUCAGAGAUGGAACAAAUGGUUGUUCAAUUAGCUGAUUCUAAAAAAGAGCUUACAAAUGCUUAUGCUGUCCUUGAUGGUUUGGAGAAAGAAAUGAUUCUUUCAAAAAUAGAUUCAUAUUUGAAAGAACUGGUUUUGGUGGAGUGGGAAAUUGAGUCGUCUUUUACGCAAGAAAAACUAGAAGAAUUGCAAAGUGAGUUAAGAAAGUUGAAGAAAGAAAACUGUCUACUUCUGCAGGAUUUGGAGGAGAAAAGAUCUGAUCUUGAAUCCUCUGUAAGUUGCCUUGAUGCUUCUAAUCUGGAAAUUCACCAGUUGAAAGAAAAAACUUUUUUCUUGGAGACUUGCAUUACCAGCCUACAAACUGAUCUAGAGCUGAAAGCUGUUGAAUUGAAGGAACUCCAACUUUCUCAAUCUAUCAUCAUGGAGGAUUUAGGUCUGAAAAGUCAUGAUUUGCAAAUUUCUGUUGAGAGAGUAAAUACUUUGAUGGAAGAGAAUGCUCUUUUGAGCAAGAAACUUAGAUCUCUGGAGAAAAAUGAGCUUAAAGCCUUCAACAAGUCAGCCUUGAAUGCUGCAAAAUGUGUUGAUUCAGUGGAAACUACAGAUAUGACGCGUAGUAGAUUAUUUAGCACAAUGAAUAAAGGUGUUACAGUUGCAGAUAAAAUGUUUCAGGAGUUGGCUGAUAAUGCGAAGAGGAUAUCCAAUUUCGUAGAAGAGUUUGAGUACUUAGAGCAUCAUGCCAACAAGCUGGAAUCCGAAAAUGUGACUCUCCAGGCAGAGUUAUCAAGGAAGGAUGAGGUUUUGAAAGGUCUAUUAUUUGAUCUCAGCCUACUACAAGAGUCUGCUUCUAAUACUAAGGAUCAAAAAGAUGAAAUAGAGGAAAUGGUUUCUUCUUUGGAGUCUUUAGAAGAUGAGCUUGCUGUAAAAUCAAGUGAACUUAAUGAGGCUGUUAGUCAUAGUCAAAUGCUUGAAGUUCAGCUGCAAGAAAAGCUAGACAUGAUCUCCAACCUUCAGUUGGAUAUUUCAAAUGAACGUGAGUCUUUCAAACUUCUUUGCUCUGAAAAUCAAGAGUUGAGAGCUCAUAUUGAGGAUGCCUUAGGUGCAAAAAGUUCUCUUGAAGUUGAAUUAAGAGAGAGAAAGAAGAUCAUUGAGAGCUUGGAGGUGGAACUCUCAGAAAUGAGUAAUGCCCUUUCCCAAAUGAAUCAUACUGUUGAGUCCAUGAGUAGUACUUUAAAUGAAAUUGCUGGUGAAAGAGAUCAGCUUCACAUGGAGGUGCUUAGCUUGGAAGAAAAGCUUGGAAAGGCACAUGUUGAGGUUAAACAAAGUGAAGCUAUUGCUAUGGAAGCUCAACAGAUGGCUGAAUCAAACAAGAGCUAUGCUGAAGACAAGGAAGCUGAGGUGAAGCUAUUAGAGAGAUCUGUUGAAGAGCUAGAAUGUACCAUAAAUGUACUGGAAAACAAGGUUGACAUUAUUAAAGGAGAAGCUGAACGUCAACGAUUGCAAAGAGAGGAGCUAGAAUUAGAGCUUCAUGCUGUAAAAAAUCAGAUGCAGAAUGUCAAAAAUGCUGAUGCUGACAUGAAAAGGUGUUUAGAUGAGAAGAAGAAAGAUCUUCAACAAGCCUUGGAUUACAUACAAAUUCUUGAUAGAGAUAUAUCUAACAAGGAUAAAGAGAUUGCCCAAUGCAAAUCACAUAUUUCUGAACUAAAUUUGCAUGCAGAAGCCCAGGCGAAGGAGUAUAAGCAGAAGUUCAAGGCAUUGGAAGCCAUGGCUGAACAAGUUAAACCUGAAGGAUACUUUAGCCAUGCCCAAAGUCAGUCAUCGAACAAGUCAGAAAAAAAUGUGGCAAAGUCUAGAGGCUCUGGUUCCCCGUUUAAAUGCAUUGGUUUGGGCUUGGCACAACAAGUAAAAUCUGAGAAGGAUGAGGAUCUUACUGCUGCAAGGCUGCGCAUUGAAGAAUUAGAAUCCCUAGCAGCAAAUCGACAGAAAGAGAUAUUUGCUCUCAAUGCAAGAUUAGCAGCUGCUGAGAGCAUGACCCAUGAUGUAAUUCGAGAUUUAUUGGGAGUCAAAUUGGAUAUGACCAAUUAUGUGUCACUGUUGGAUAAUCAGCAAGUGCAGAAAAUAGCAGAGAAGGCUAGACUUAGUAGUUUAGAAUCUCAAGUGAAGGAGCAUGAGGUUGUCAAGCUUAAGCAGCAACUCAAUGAAUUUGUCGAGGAGAGGCAAGGGUGGCUUGAGGAAAUCGAUAGGAAACAGGCUGAGGUGGUAGCUGCCCAAAUAGCAUUGGAGAAGCUUCGUCAGAGAGAUCAGUUGCUUAAAACUGAAAAUGAAAUGCUUAAGAUGGAGAAUGUAAAUUACAAGAAGAAAGUAAUGGAACUUGAAGGAGAAGUAAAGAAGUUGUCUGGCCAGCAAAACCUCCAACAGCGAAUUCAUCAUCAUGCCAAAAUUAAGGAGGAAAACAACAUACUAAAAAUUCAAAACGAAGACCUCGGUGCCAAACUGCGCCGGACAGAGGUUGUCCUUUCACGUGUCAGGGAAGAGCUUGCUCAUUAUCGUGCUUCUAUGGGGAAAAAUCCUCAUAUUAAUUUUGACGAGGAGCAACGUUUGACUAAUAAACUGAGGGAAUCUGAUGAUGACCGGGUGCAGUUAGCACAGAAGUUAUUGGGAUUGUGCACAAGUGUUUUAAAGGCUGCUGGUAUAACAAAACCUGUGUCUGACAUCUGUCCUGCGGCCGCUGAAGAGGCACUUGAGCACCUCAAAAACAAAGUCAUCUCACUUGAACGAGAAUUGCAGGGUUUGACCCUCAAGAAUAGAAUUACCAGUGAAAGAAACAGAUUGUCAGAACUAAUGCCCCAGACUUCACCAGUAAGCUCAAGAACAGAUGAAAACUGUCAUACUCCAAAAAGGGUACCCCAAGCUCCAUUUCUUUCUACAUUAGAUCGAUAGGAGGAUGCAAUACUAAGCAUUUUGCUAACAAUUCCAGGCUCAUUGAGAUGUACAUUAAUAUUUUUUUUUUCAUUCUUGUAUAAUAUUCCUUGUAAAUAAUGUUUCUGCGGAAAUGCAAAUCGCCAGCUGCAACAAGUUGCGACCCAAACAGAAAUCAAAGUUAGCUUUCAAUGUAUAUUAUAUAAUUUAUUCGAUGAAAACACAUUUUCCAUUA